UGGAUCUAACGAGUCCGAAUGUUUGAGACGAAGGAAAAACGUUUCUUUGUAUUUACGAUUUUAACAUCUUAAGCAUUUGUUUUGAGUAGAGUCGAGUUUAUUCGCUUUAUGUUUUUACUACACAAAUAGUAAGAGGAUUUGUAUUACCCUAUAAUGGUGAAAAAGCCUUAUUCUUUGGCAUCGAGUGGUGGAUGUUCCUCUUUUUUGGUCACCGAGCCGUCGUAGCUCUUAGCUAGCUGGACUAACUUUAGCUACCUGGCUAUUAACGCUUUUCCCCCCACCAUCACGUUUAUUUUUACAUCUGAGUAAAUCUCAAGACAGUAGUUUCUGCUGUUCAUCGUGCAAUAACAUACUUGGUACGGAGGACUUAAUCCAAACACGAGUAUGGAUUCUUCUGCCAGGAUCAAGUCAACAAAGCCAAACAUUGACGGACCAAAGAGAGUUCCUGUUUCACAUCCGAAACCUACUACAAAAUCCUUAGUAACACCAACUCAGCCACAGCGGGUCAUGGGUAUGUCAAAUGGACCUCGGCGUGUUCAGCGGCCCGUCAGCCAUCAGAAACCAGUAUCUCAGGUUUCUGUUACUGUUAAGACCACACACUCACAUGAUGAGAAUGUGUUUCCCUCUACUCGAGGUGUAAAUCCUCCAGCGCACCCUAACCUUGUCUCCCAGAAACACCCAGCAGAGACAGUUGAGCUAAAGGUUAAUGUGGAGCCGACCAAGACUACACCAGACUUACCCAAGCAGGCGAUGCUACAAAAUAAGCUUCCUAAGAAUGAUUCUGAAAAUGACGCUGCAUCAAAGAAGCGGUGGAGUCUGGAAAACUUUGAUAUUGGUCGGCCCUUAGGAAAAGGUAAAUUUGGCAAUGUCUACCUGGCCAGAGAACGACAAAGCAAGUUCAUCUUGGCUUUGAAGGUCCUCUUCAAGAAGCAGCUGGAGAAGGCUGGGGUGGAGCAUCAGCUUAGGCGAGAAGUGGAGAUCCAGUCUCAUCUGAGGCAUCCCAAUAUUCUUCGUCUUUAUGGGUACUUCCAUGAUGCUUCGCGUGUGUACCUCAUCUUGGAGUUUGCACCCAGGGGUGAACUCUACAGUGAAUUGCAGCGCUGUGGCUUUUUUCCUGAGGACAGAAGUGCCACGUACAUCAUGGAGCUAGCAGAUGCACUAAACUACUGUCACUCCAAGAAGGUGAUCCACAGGGACAUUAAACCUGAGAACCUGUUACUUGGGUCCAGUGGGGAGCUGAAGAUUGCAGAUUUUGGCUGGUCUGUCCACACACCAUCCUCUAGGAGGUCCACACUAUGCGGAACACUGGAUUAUUUGCCUCCAGAGAUGAUUGAGGAAACCCAUGAUGAGAAAGUUGACCUGUGGAGUCUGGGUGUCCUCUGCUAUGAGGUUCUUGUUGGGAGACCACCGUUUGAAGCAAAAACACAUGAGGACACCUACCGUAAAAUCUCAAGGGUGGAGUACAGUUAUCCUCCUCAGUCCACAGUCGGCGCUGGAGCCAAAGAUUUGGUUGGCAAACUGUUGAAGCACAACCCCAUGCAGAGACUGCCCAUACAGGGAGUCCUGUCCCACCCAUGGGUGGUCGAGUAUUCUACCAAGAAGCCCACAACCCAGUCAAACAGUGAACAGCAGGGAAAGUGAUACCCCCUCCCCACCCACAGUGGUCAAGCGAUCAACUCACCUUCACAACUCUGACUUGUUGAAAAGGAAAUGUAUUCUAAUCGUGCAUAACACGAGCCGUUCUGAGAUGUGGAUCUUUAUCAGAAUCUGCUUGUGCUACUGUUUUAAUACACAUCGCUUUUGUGUAUCUCCCCCCCCCCCCCCCCCCACACAAACUUUGGAGCAUCUUGAGCCGUUUUAAUUUUUUGAUUUCCUUCUAGCUGUUCUUUCCAAGUCUUUCAUUUUUUGUAAUUAUGAAAAUGUUAUUUUCUUGAGAAGUUACUUGAAUUAAUAAACUUAUUCACUGAAUGUGUCUUUUGAAAUUAAACAGUAGGUUUGUCAGAAAUUUAAUAAUGCUGAUCAUUAGAGGGCGCCACCUCACCACUGAAAUGCAAAUGGUGCAAGUAUUAAACUGCUGUCUUUGCCACAAUGUCUCAUUUUACCACUUUGUCACAUUUUUCCCAUUUUGAGGAGCUUAAAGAACAAAA